UUGGCAAAUUUGAGUUGUUACUCUAGGAACCACACCUAAAGCACAUUUAUCCUUUCUCUGCCUAUCAAAAGAAAGACUACAAUAUGUUUAAAGCUAUGUCUGGUGGAUUAUGGAAAAAACCUUACCCUACUUGUCUUGAAGCUGGCAGGUGCACAUAGUUCAUUCAGUAUGCGUUAUUACGAGUCACUCCUGAUUCUCAGUGGGUAGCUGGUGUUUGUUCAUUCCCUCUCUUCUUUGAACAUCAAAGUGAGCACCACCCUGUCUGCUUGCUGGUGUGGAUUCUAAGUAAAGCUUUUAGCUGCCCUGGAAUUGGUUUUCAGGCCUGUUGAAGAAUUUUCCCUCUGGCAGUGUCAGAGGUACUACUGCUGUAAUAACAGAUCAAGCCUUUGUGACCCUUGCUACCAAUGAUGUGUAUUGUCAAGGCGCUCUGGUUCUUGGACAGUCAUUGAGGAACCAUAUGACAUCUAGAAAACUGGCAGUUCUAACUACACCAGAGGUUUCCAGUGGGAUGAGGUCCAUCCUCCACAGCGUAUUUGAUGAAGUCGUAGAGGUAGAUGCACUUGACAGUGCUGACUCAGUCCGUUUGGCUCUGAUGCAGAGGCCAGAACUGGGUGUAACCUUCACUAAGCUUCACUGUUGGACUCUUACUCAUUAUAGCAAAUGUGUCUUCAUGGAUGCGGACACUUUGGUGCUUUGCAAUGUUGAUGAAUUGUUUGACCGAGAAGAGUUUUCAGCAGCUCCUGAUUCUGGCUGGCCUGACUGCUUUAACAGUGGUGUAUUUGUGUUCCGACCUUCUUUGAAAACUUACAAUUUACUGCUCCGCUUUGCUGCAGAACAUGGCAGCUUUGAUGGAGGUGAUCAAGGCUUGUUGAAUAGCUUCUUCAGCAACUGGGCAACAGCAGAUAUUGGCAAACACUUACCUUUCCUCUAUAACUUAAGCAGCAGUGCUGUAUACACAUACAUUCCUGCUUUCAAUCAUUUUGGUAGAGAUGCCAAAGUUGUUCACUUCUUGGGAGCGACAAAGCCGUGGAACUACAAAUAUAACCCUCAAACAAAGACGGUUAUGCAGGAUGGCACCACCUCUGGAUCUUUUCAUCAGCUGCCAUUUCUUGCCCUGUGGUGGAAUAUAUACAGUGCCAGUGUGUUGCCUUUGUUAGAAAAACUUCAAAAGGUAGAAUCAGAAUCUGAGGAAUAUAAGCACGCUUUCAAUGGAGUUGAAAUUACACUGAAGAAGGCCAGUCCUGUGACCAAUUCACGGCAAAUGCCUGUGCUUCAAGAGCAGACAUAUGAAAUACAUCCCACAGCAUAUUCACCUGACGAAUUCACUUUCAAAGCUCAACCUGUAUAUGAAGUUGAACAAAGCGGUUCUGACGUCUAUCUCUCUGAGCCUGACAGAACUUCAGAACAACCUGUAUUUCAUCCUGCGUUUCAGGAAACCUCAGAACUGAACGAGGUCGCACAUUCUAUUUCAGAGCUGACUAUUCACUUCAAACCAGAAGAAUCAAGUCCAGAAGAUGAACGAAGAAAAUGGGAGGAGGGGCGCAUAGACUAUAGGGGGAAAGAUGCUUUUGAACGUAUCAAAAAGAAAUUGGAUGCAUUUUUACAUUAAGAUGGAGUGUACUCACGAUUUAUGUUUCUUCUAGAAAUGCAGUCCUUGAAUACUUGGCUAUCUUCAUAGUUUAUUUGACGCCAAAGUUGAAGAGAUAGAUAUCGACCCUCAUAUAUUUUUUGGGAAAACUAACAGAUACAGACCCUUGUUUUUUAACUGUUAAGUGUGCCUCAUCUUUAUUGUUACGUGUGUCUCAUCUUCGUUGUUCUCCCAUAGUGCCUUCUGAAGUAUAAUGAAUGGUACCCUCUGAGUUUGAACUCUGAUAUUUAUCACUCUUCCCUGCUCCUCCCCAUAGAAUUCUGCAGAAACAGUCAGGAGUGUGAAACAUGUUGGAAGUUGAGAUUAUUUCAAAAAUACUUUUACCUUUUUCAAGAUGCUAUAAAAAAAUUUAAAACCUUAUUCUUGGAAAUAAGUUAACACUUUUCAAGAACAACCAUAGUGUAGACUUCAAUAAGAGAAAAAAGUGAGGAGAUGACAUCCUGGCUUCACAGGAGCUUACAACAAAACUUUUUAAUUUAACUAUACUUAGGAUUAGAGGAAAUUCAGACUUCAUCGGAGAUCACUAGUGGAUAUUCUCCCUAUUUAUAUAAUAGGAAGCUGCUCAGCUUCAUCACCAGCGUAAUGAAGAGUGGUGUAAAACUCUUAAGAUGACUGAUAAUGUUUGUUAACUUUUUCUAUUGUUGCUAUAGGAUAGUGUUGGUUUUUUAAUUAUUGUUAGCUGUACUUGCAUAUUCAGAGUUGCAACUGCUGACAUUAUGGUGUAAACCUUCUGGUGCUUUAUAUCAAUAUGUUUUACAGUACUUCAAACUGCAGUUAACAAAGGCAUUCUUCUCCUUUACAUGGUUGCCCCAUAUUGCAAGCAGUUUGAAUGCAACUGAAAACACAAUUGGCACUUGUUUUAGUAAAGAGGCCCUUUGAAGAUCUUUUAAACAAUAUCUGUGUGUGGGAACUAAUAAAUCUGUGAGUGUAGUUCCAGAAAAAUCUACUGAUGAGACUCCAUUAUAUUAAAGAUACUUAUGGGGGAUUGUUUUGUGAAUGUGGGUAUUUGAAUUUGACUAAUCUCAGGACAGAGAAACACUCUGAAAUAAAGAAGCUUGACAGGCAUGCUAAUAUGAUAACAGAUUUGACAGUUAUUCAUAAUGCUACUCAGUAUUAAAAUGAGAAUUCUGCAGUGCUGAUGCCGGACUCGAAGCAUGUUUCAGUGUUAAUAUGUCACCAAUUUUGGUAGAUAAAGCUAAUGAAAUAACUUGGGAAUUCUGUUUAAAAAGCAAUGAUGUAACAUUAUGCAUCAGAGGGAUUGCCAUAGCUGCUAGUAGAGGAAAAGGCAGGGUAGGAGAGAAGGAACCUUUAUUUCUUUUUCCUCUAUCAAAAAGGAUGGGAGUGGAAUAACUUGCACAAAUUUGGAAAGGAAUGAAAGAAUCAAAAGGUCCCUUAAAGGAAGAAAAAUUAUCUUCGAGUAUUUUAGAAUUACUUUCUAAUAUUCACAAUAGUGGAUUCCUUUUUACUUUUGUCUGAUAUUUCUGAUUUUAUCUAGUUGUUUAUUUCUCAUUUAUUCUAAGCACUUCUAAAGCAGGAAUCUCUUUGGUGGGUCUGCUGAAUUCAAGCUCCUAUUUCAAGUUAGAUGUUUAGGGUCCCUGAAGUUAAAGAGAGAGAUGUCCAGAAGAUGUUUCUUCUGAAUUUCUCCAUCGAUCACAAAGGGAUCCUCAAUAGCCUGCCUCUCCCAGGGAGGUAACUUUCACAUGUUAACACCGGUACGUGUGUUCUGCCUCUUGCUGUGCGUGGCCCCACUCAACACUAUGUGGAGAUUGCAGCAGCUGCAGCACACUCUUACUCAUGUGGCUUUUGAUCUGCUGAUUAUCCCUGUUUCUUAGUGAACUUGUGCACUUCUGAGAAAGUUCUCUGUUUUAUAAACAUUACUGCUAAUAUAAUUCAGUUUUAGUUGACUACAGUUUCAUAUAGUCUUCAGUGUGAACUCAUGCUUCUAUGCAGCUGUACUUUUUACACUAACUACUAGAUCUUACUGGGCACAUUAAUGACAUUAUGGGAUAAAAAUUACUGUCAUGAAAUCAGUAACUGAAAAGCUUUAAAAUAGGCAUGUGAAUGUAGUAAAAGGAGCUGUCAUAGAGUACAUUUGAAAGUGCGAAUAUGUAAAAUGGUACUGUGUGUGGAUUAUACAAUGUUUUGCAAAGAAAUGUAGUGCAUUAAUGUCAUGAAAAUAAAA